AUGGUGACAGUGAAGCUGCUUAGGAACAGACCCCGCCCCCUUUGGGGAGUUUCCUCAAGGGAGGUGACAAUUGGUGUCCCCAGGGAGGUGACAAUUGCCAGUACCAGUGUCCCUGGAGAGGUGACAACCUCCGGUGUCCCCAGGGAGUUGACAAUCUCCGGUGUCCCCAGGGUGACAGUCUCUGGUGUCCCCAGGGAGGUGACAGUCACCAAUCCCACUGUCCCCAGGGAGGUGACAAUCUCCAGUGCCCCCAGGGAGGUGACACUCAGUGUCCCCAGGGUGACAGUCUCUGGUGUCCCCAGGGAGGUGACAGUCACCAAUCCCAUUGUCCCCAGGGAGGUGACACUCAGUGUCCCCAGGGAGGUGACAGUCACCAAUCCCACUGUCCCCAGGGAGGUGACACACUCUGGUGUCCCCAGGGAGGUGACAGUCACCAAUCCCACUGUCCCCAGGGAGGUGACAGUCACCAAUCCCGCUGUCCCCAGGGUGACAGUCUCUGGUGUCCCCAGGGAGGUGACAAUCACCAAUCCCUCUGUCCCCAGGGAGGUGACACUCAGUGUCCUCAGGGAGGUGACAGUCACCAAUCCCGGUGUCCCCAGGGGGGUGACAGUCACCAAUCCCGCUGUCCCCAGGGUGACAGUCUCUGGUGUCCCCAGGGAGGUGACACUCAGUGUCCCCAGGGAGGUGACAGUCACCAAUCCCACUGUCCCCAGGGGGGUGACAGUCACCAAUCCCUCUGUCCCCAGGGUGACAGUCUCUGGUGUCCCCAGGGAGGUGACACUCAGUGUCCCCAGGGGGGUGACAGUCACCAAUCCCGCUGUCCCCCGCAGAUUCGGGUCCCCACCACCAGAGCUGCAGCCGGAUGUCCCCUCCCGGCGCCGGCCCCUCCUCUGUCCCCUCCUCGCUGUCACUGUCCCACGGCGCCGGGAACAGCCGCUGGCCCGAGGCCGUGGCCAGCAGGGGCAGCCAGGGGUGGAGUCCCGGAGGGCGCGGAAGCGACAAAGGGGGGGCAGCUCGGGGGGGUCCCCGGCCCCAGGGGGGGUCAGGGUGUCCCAGACGGUGACAAAGCCAUCAGUGUCACCACUGACCAGGAACUGCCCCGACCUGGGGGGGCAGGAGAAAGCCCAGGAGAACCAGAAGGAGAUGAAGCUGCUGCUGGACAUGUACAAGUCAGCGCCCAAGGAGCAGCGGGACAAGGUGACGCUGAUGGCGGCCGAGAGGAAGAGCAAGGCCGAGCUGGAGGAGCUGCGGGUGCGCUGGCGGGAGCUGGAGGAGCGCGAGCGCCGCGAGAGCAAGAAGCUGGCGGACGAGGAGGCGCUGAGGCGGCUGCGGCUGAGCGAGGAGCAGAUCGAGCACCUGCAGCGGCGCCUGGCGGCCACCAAACAGGAGGAGGAGGCGCUGCUGUCGGAGAUGGACGUGACGGGCCAGGCCUUCGAGGACAUGCAGGAGCAGAACCUGCGGCUGCUGCAGCAGCUGCGCGAGAAGGACGACGCCAACUUCAAGCUGAUGUCGGAGCGCAUCAAGGCCAACCAGAUCCACAAGCUGCUGCGCGAGGAGAAGGACGAGCUGGCCGAGCAGGUGCUGGCCCUCAAGGCGCAGGUGGAGGCGCAGCUGCAGGUGGUGCAGAAGCUGGAGGAGAAGGAGCGGGGCCUGCAGAGCGCCCUGGGCGCCGUGGAGAAGGAGCUGAGCCUGAGAUCGCAGGCGCUGGAGCUGCACAAGAGAAAGGCAGUGGAGGCCGCCCAGCUGGCCGAGGACCUGCGUGCCCAAGGUGAGCACGUGCAGGCGCGGCUGCGGGAGCUGCAGGUGUGCGCGGCCGAGAACCGAGCGGCCAAGGACAAGGAGUCCCUCAGCCUCAAGAGGGCCCAGGAGGAGCUGUCGCGGCUGCGCCGGAAGCUGGAGAAGCAGCGCAAGGUGGAGGUUUACGCCGACGCCGACCAGAUCCUGCAGGAGGAGAUCAAGGAGUACAGGGCCCGUCUGACAUGCCCGUGCUGCAACGCCCGCAAGAAGGACGCGGUGCUGACCAAGUGCUUCCACGUCUUCUGCUUCGAGUGCGUCAAGAGCCGCUACGACACGCGGCAGCGCAAGUGCCCCAAGUGCAACGCGGCCUUCGGCGCCCACGACUUCCACCGCGUCUACAUCAGCUGAGCGGCCACCUGCCGGGCACCUCUGGUGGUCAUCAACCCGUUGUGGCCACCUGUGGUCAUUUUGGGUGGUCAUCAACCCCUUG